GACGGCUCAGUCAACAACUCUUAUGUUGGGACUACUUGGAACAACUGGAGUUGCAUAGGAAAGGAAAUACUACUCUGUGCCAGGCAACUGUUCCUGCACGGCACAGACUGCGAGUUCUUAAACUUUGUGUUACUUUUUAUAUUCUUUAUAUCUAAGUUGAUGUACACACGUUUAAGCGUUUCAUGUCGAAGCUGUUCGCCCAGUAAUCAUAAGGUGUGUAAGUUAGCGGGCGAGCUAGCUAGCUAUCUUAAGUAGCUAGCGCAGCUAGCUAUAUUUUCAUAGCUAGCUGGCAGAGUGAAGGGGAGAUAUGGAGUUGGAAGACGGAGCCCUUUACCAGGAUGACUCUGGCUCCUCCGCUAUGAUGUCCGAGCGGGUCUCUGGUCUGGCCAGUUCAAUCUAUCGAGAAUUCGAACAUCUGAUAGGAAAGUACGAUGAGGACGUUGUGAAGGAACUAAUGCCUCUCGUUGUCGCCGUCCUGGAAAACUUGGACGCGGUGUUCGCUGAGAACCAGGAGCACGAAGUCGAGCUAGAACUGCUGAAAGAAGACAACGAGCAACUUGUGACCCAGUAUGAACGCGAGAAAGCUUUGAGAAAAGGCGUUGAAGAGAGGUACAUUGAGUAUGAGGACCUUCAGGAGCAGGAGAGGAAGGAUCUGCAGAGCCGCGUGCUGCUGCUGGAGGCCCAGCGCAGACAGAGCGAGCUCAAGUUCAAGAACUACGCCUACCAGAUUUCAAGAUUGGAGGAGAGAGAGGCGGAACUUAAGAAGGAAUACAAUGCUCUCCACCAGAGACACACGGAGAUGAUCCAUAGCUACAUGGAGCAUUUGGAACGUACCAAAAUUCAACAGAUGGGGGUGGAGCCAGCAGAAUCAGGCCCUGUAGGCAGAGUGCGAAAGGAACGUCCUGUUUCCCUGGGCAUCUUUCCCCUGCCAGGGGGCGAGACCUUGACCCCUGACCUCCGGAGGGACAUUGUGGAGACUCCAGAGACGGGCACCUGGAGACACAAUAACGUGAGCCACCCGCGCUCCAACACCAGCCUCCAGCUGGAGGAGGACGAGCCUCCCAGGCCCGGAGAGGGUAAGGUACCGCUGGAAGCAUGGGAGAAUACCCUGGAGGAGACGCAGGAUGAGCUCUCGGACGCAAGCCGGGGAGGCUCCAAGUCGGCCACGCCCAUGUCCAACGCCAUGGCAUCGGUAGACACGCCCCGGGCAGAGGAAGCAAAUGGCCUAAACCGGACCCUGGACGGCAGCGACAGGAAGCCGGACAACAGCAGGAACUUCACGGUGCAGGAGGGCACGGGCACAGGAACGGGCACAGGAACAGGAAUGGGCACGGGCACAGGAACAGGCACAGGAACAGGAAUGGGCACAGGAACAGGAAUGGGCACAGGAACGGGAACAGGAACGUGCACGGGCACGGGCACGGGAGCAGGAAUGGGCACAGGAACGGGCACAGGAACAGGAACGUGCACGGGCACGGGAACAGGAAUGGGCACAGGAACGGGAACGGGCACAGUCCCUGGCACAGUCCCUGGCACAGUCCCUGGCACAGGCACGGGCACCAACACAACCUCAUCAGAAGAAAAUGCUGAGCAGAAGUCAGAAGUGCAGGCGAUAAUCGAGUCCACCCCUGAGCUGGACAUGGACCUGAGUGGCUGCAAAGGAUCCAGUACUCCAACCAAAGGGAUUGAGAACUUGGCGUUUGACCGCAACACAGAAUCGCUGUUCGAGGAGCUCUCCUCAGCCGGUACCGACCUCAUAGGAGACGUAGACGAGGGUGCAGACCUGCUGGGUAAGAGAGCGAUUGGGGGAAUCUCUCUCUCUCUCGGUUCAGGUAUGGGUCGUGAAGUGGAACACCUCAUCCAGGAGAAUACACAGCUGCUGGAGACAAAAAAUGCCCUGAACGUGGUGAAGAACGACCUGAUUGCUCGCGUGGACGAGCUGGCGUGUGAGAAGGACGUGCUGCAGGGGGAGCUGGAGGUGAUUCGCACGGCCAAAGACAAACUGGAGGAGAAGAAUAAGGAGCUGGAGGAGGAGAUGAAGAGGGUGCGUGCCGAAGUAGAAGAGGCCAAGGGGAAGACCAAAGAGGACGAUGAUAGCGACGUGCCCACGGCUCAGAGGAAGCGCUUCACGCGGGUGGAGAUGGCCCGCGUGCUCAUGGAGAGGAACCAGUACAAGGAGAGGCUCAUGGAGCUGCAGGAGGCCGUGCGGUGGACCGAGAUGAUCAGAGCAUCACGGGAGAACCCUAACAUGACCGAGAAGAAGAAGUCCAGUAUCUGGCAGUUUUUUAGUCGGCUCUUCAGUUCGUCCUCGGGCGCGGCAGCCAAGAAGCCGGAAGCCCCGGUGAACUUGAAGUACAACGCUCCGACCUCACACGUGGUGCCCACCGUGAAGAAGAGGAGCAGCACCCUGGCCCAGCUGCCCAGCGACAAGUCCAAGGCCUUCGACUUCCUCAACGAGGAGCCGGAGACGGGUAACCUGGCGUCUCGCCGUGAGCAGAAGAGGGCUCAGUACCAGCAGGUGAAAGCCCACGUGCAGAAGGAGGACGGCCGUGUGCAGGCCUACGGCUGGAGCCUCCCCCAGAAAUGCAAGGUUAACGGUGGCGUGCAGAAGGAGGGCAAGAUGAAGAACCUGCCGGUGCCCGUCUACCUGCGGCCGCUGGACGAGAGAGACGCCUCCAUGAAGCUCUGGUGUGCGGCCGGAGUGAACCUGACCGCUGGGAAGACGCGAGACGGUGGCUCCAUCGUGGGGGCGAGUGUGUUCUAUAAGGACGUGUCAGGAGACGCCGUCUGUCUCAGCCCCCUGCCGAGUAAAGGGUCCCAGAACAGCCUGGACAGACUGGAGCAGGAACUAAAGGAGCAGGAGAAGGAGCUGCGGCAGCAGGAGGAGCUGUCCAGCCUGGUGUGGAUCUGCACCAGCGCGCAGGGCACCACCAAAGUCAUCGUCAUCGACGCCAACCAGCCCGGCAUCAUCCUGGAGAACCUCUUUGUCUGCAACUCACACGUCAUCUGCAUCGCCAGCGUGCCAGGGGCGCGAGAGACCGACUACCCUAUGGGGGAGCAGAUCCCCAAGCAGGAAGGGGAGCAGGGAGACGGCGCCAGCCAGGCCGGAGCUGCCACAGCAGCGGGCAGUGACGGCAGCUCCGCCGGGGCCUCGGAGGGCACGCUGGAUGGCCUGCUGGCGGUGGGCGGCUCAGGGGAGGGAGCGGUGGCCAUCCCCCAGACAGUGUGCACCUCUGUCCUGGACACGGACACCGGUAAGAGUGAAGUUAUCGUGUCUCCUGAGGAGGCCACUGAGGCCACAGAGAGCGGUCUGCCGUUAGGAGAGGGCGGCCACGUGCUGGACCUCACCCCGGGCAUGUACACGGAACACGUGUUCACCGACCCACUGGGCGUGCAGACUUCACCGGAGACGCCAUCCUCCUACACUCAGAGGGAGAAUGACCUGGUGAAGGACGGGACGAGCUCGUCCCCAGAUGAGAAAGACCUGAUGAGGGAGGAGGCCAGCAAGAUGAGCAGCGUCCUGCCCACCAUGUGGUUAGGGGCCCAGAACGGCUGUGUGUAUGUCCACUCGGCAGUGGCUCAGUGGAAGAAGUGUCUACACUCCAUCAAGCUGAAAGAUUCUGUCUUGGGCAUCGUUCAUGUUAAAGGUCGUGUCCUGGUGGCCUUGGCCGAUGGAACUCUUGCCAUCUUCCACCGAGGGGAAGACGGGCAGUGGGACCUGACCAACUACCACCUGCUGGACCUGGGCCGGCCACAUCACUCCAUCCGCUGCAUGACCGUGGUCCACGACAAGGUGUGGUGCGGCUACCGCAACAAGAUCUAUGUGGUGCAGCCCAAGGCCAUGAGAAUCGAGAAAUCGUUCGAUGCCCACCCCCGGAAGGAGAGCCAGGUGCGGGAGCUGGCCUGGGAGGGUGACGGCAUCUGGGUGUCCAUCCGGCUGGACUCCACGCUGCGCCUCUACCACGCCCACACCUACCAGCACCUGCAGGACGUGGACAUCGAGCCCUACGUCAGCAAGAUGCUGGGCACUGGGAAGCUGGGCUUCUCCUUUGUGCGGAUCACGGCGCUGAUGGUGUCCUGUAAACGCCUGUGGGUCGGCACGGGGAACGGAGUCAUCAUCUCCAUCCCCCUGACAGAGACCAACAAACUCUCCUCGGGAACAGGGAAGCAGCCCGGCAGCGUCAUCCGUGUCUAUGGCGAUGAGAACAGCGACAAAGUGACGGCCGCGACCUUCGUCCCCUACUGCUCCAUGGCUCAUGCCCAGCUCUGUUUCCAUGGCCACCGGGAUGCCGUGAAGUUCUUCUGCGCCGUGCCAGGUCAGGUGAUUCCCUCCGCAGCAGCAGGUGGGGAGGGGGGCGGGGAUAAGCCCUCGUCAGAAGUUGCGAAUCAGGAGCUGGGCAAGUCCGUCCUGGUCAUGAGCGGAGGAGAGGGCUACAUCGACUUCAGAAUGGGUGAUGAAGCCGGGGAGUCUGAGGAGGUGGAGCCCGCACUAAAGCUGCAGCCCCACUUGGCCAAAGCUGAGCGGAGCCACCUCAUUGUCUGGCAGGUCAUGGCUGCGGAGGACUAACUGACCCCCCCCUCACCUCCUGCUCCUCCUCCCUCACACACAUAUACUGUACCUGACACUCGCACAACCACAGAGAAGUGUGUGUGCAUCUCGUAGCAACAGUCCACCCUUAUAUCAACAUGCAUGUUUUUUUUUUUUUUCAUUCUCUCUCAUGCUCUUUUAGCCUUUCAUUUUAGAUAUUUUCUUUUAAUUCGUUUUAAUUCAAUUAAUUUUUCUUUUCUUUUUUUUUCCCUCACCAAAUCUCUUGGUGUUCAUAUUUUUAGUUACACCGCAUUUGCCGUUGCUGUUGCUGAAACUCACACACACUUACUGUAACAGUCCCUCUGUCAUUUUUGUGCUGGGGAACUGUCUGAAUGUUUGCAGAUGACCAUCACCCAUGUGGUCACCCAACAAGACUCCCUGAUCCUCUCAGGUCCCUGCAUGGGUCACUGUUUUGCAUCCUUGCUGAAUCAACCUGCACUUUCUCUACGGUCCUUUGGCAUGACGUGGAACAGAGGAAGGAAGAAAAAAAGAAUCAAUGUUUUAAUUUAACAGACUUUUUCUCCUUCAGUUUGAGUAAUUUCUGAAUCGGAUGACUGUUAAUUGUCCACACGGUUUAAUACUGGCUGUCAUUGUCCGGAUCUUGAAUCUACUGUGGUUGCUGUUUUGCUUAUCCAAACUUCAUAUUAUAUUUUAUUUUAUUUUUUCUGCUUUGUUUAUCCAUAUCUGGAGACAGUUGUUUUGUCUUAGUUCUGUUAUUUGGACAUCAGUGCGUGCAAGCACCUUUCUCAAGGAACACCUUACAAACAGACGUAGGUUAGGAACGAGGCGAGGAAGCUCCAUGGCGGCUUUGAGCAGCUUUAGCUAUGGCGCUAAUCUUUCCUAGACUGGCUUUGGCGCUGACUAUAGGUCUUCCUUCUUUCCGGAGCUAGGUGUUGUCGACAGACACUUAAAAAAAGAGUAAUAAGCACAGCCUUUCGUUUUUUUAGCACAGCUACUCUAUUCAGAACAAUUGAAAUGGUGUGGCAGAGUAUUUAUAUUUAUACAGAAAAAUGUUACCAAAGGAAAAAAAGAUAGAAAACAAAGCUUUGCUAGUAAUCGACAUGACGCUGCCUUUUUGAAGUGGUCAAUAUGGUCUAGAGUCGUGUUUGACUCUAGAGGGGUUAUAUAUGAAUACUUAAUAUUCAGAUGUUUGUACCGUAAGUCAAUCAAGAAUGUCUGCUCGUCAGGCGAGUGUAGGGUGCAAGGUAGGGUUUUAUGUUGUUUUGUUUUGUUUUGGUCACUUAAGCAAUGAAAGAAAUUACAACUUUUAUGCCUAUUUUUAUGACACCUUUUGUACAUGUCCCGUUUCGUACUGCGUGUGUCAUCGCACGCUGGAAGCGCCACGCGCAGGAGGAUCAUGCCGUCGGAUGUCUUGAGCGUUUGGGUCGAAAACCGUUCAGGUUGAAGCUCUGUGUUCAGUGGGUUUGCAAUUUUUUUCUUCUUCUCCAGGAGAGGCAAAGAAAACUUCAUAUCGAGAAAGAUUUAGCCAUUUCAGUAUUUAUUUCUAUGAAUGAGCCUUUGCAGUUCAGAAUGUAACUUUGUACAUUAAAAAAACUAUUAUGAGUUAUGAAAUUAUAUGAAUAUAUAAAUACUAUAAAUAUGUAUAUGAAAUGUAGAUGGCUUGAUUUGAUUGUUUUUCUGUUUUGUUUGUUUUUCUGGACAAUGAUUGUUACAGUUCAAGUGACAUUUGGAUAAGAGUCCUCUCAAGCAUCCCACGCUCAACAAAUGUCUUUGGAUGUGUAUCUUCCUGAGCUAUGCACUAUUUUAUAAAAGGUGGGGGGGGAUAGGUGUGUAUGUGAGUGUGAGUGUGAGCGCACAUGAUAGACGAGUGUACCCUUGCCACCAUUGGAGGGUGGGUGGAUUGAGGGACGGGGGGUUGCUGUUACAUAGAUCCCCCACAGUUCGUUAUGCUCCUUCAGAGGUGAGAGUCUGUGCAGUGGGAUGUAGGUCAACACUGUAGAGCCCCCAUCCCACACACCCACAUACACACAAUGGUGUUGCCAUGACGACGGUUGUCCUGGAUGUACCUGUUUAUGUUUACCCCCUCAGUGUCCUAGCCUUACAUUUUUUAACAAUCUAUUAAACUCAUGUUUUUGGGGA